UGAUGGCGUCUAAACAAACCUGAGCGGAUUUGUGUUUCUCCUUUUGCUGCCGCUCUUUCACUGGAAUUCCUUCACUUGAAAUCGACCUCCUUUUAAUUUUUGAAGCCUUUUUUCUUUUUUAUCUUUGUUGGGGAAAAAAGGACAUCGAUGUAAAUGGAGGAAGGAGAGCGUGCGGCGGGGGCGGCACCGGCCAGUCAGGGAGGCGGAGGAGGCGAAGAUAGCGGUUCUCAUGCGGGUAUUCUGCACGGUCCGGAGCCUAAUGAAGUGGGGCUGAAGAAGGGGAUCGCCUCUUGGGAACACGGACCACAAGGGUCGCGGUUGACCGGAAUCCGUGUGUUGAAGCGCAAUAUGAAACGGAAUGGAAGCCGGUCCUGUGUGACGCGGAAGAGCCGGUUUGGCUCACGGGAACGUGAUUGGCUAAAGGAGGACCGACAUCGAGGAUGCUUAUAUGUAUAUCGAAGUGGAGAACCACAACAAACAGUCACCGUUCCAUCUUCUUCCACUUCCUCCUCCUCCUCAAACACUUCACAGUCUGACUUGCGACUUGUGCUGUGUACUACUGAUAGCACUGUAGCAGAACUUUGUGCACAAAGUGAUAUUGAAGGAUUGUACCUGCAAAUGCACGGGGAUUUUGUGAGGAAGUUAGAUAAUUCUGAGCGCCCACUACAAAUAUUUUAUGAUUACCUGUCUGCCAUAGGCUAUGAGGAACCAGCGUGCAUACAAAAAGAAGCUGCCAAUUCUGAUUUUAGCUGCAUGAUCCGCUUCUACAGUGAGAGACCCAACAAUGCUGACCAGCUUGAAUGGAUCCUUCUCAAAGGCAUUUUUAGUGUGCGUAAGGGAAAGACUCAACUUCACAAAUGGGCAGAGCGACAAGUUAUACUUUGUGGGACUUGCCUCAUUGUAGCCUCUGUUAAGGAAAGUUUCUCAGGAAAGAUGCACAUUUUGCCUCUGGUUGGUGGUAAGGUGGAAAAAGUUAAAAGGAGACUACAUUGCCUUAUGUUUAGUUCUGCUGGGCCUCAAGCACAAGCUUAUUUUGUCAAUUUUGAUUCACUUGUUGAUUACCAGAGGUGGUAUCGGCAGGCUUCUAAGGUUGUGUCUCAAACAGCUAGUGUUGUGGAUCUGUCCUGUUAUAGCCUAGAAGAAGUUCCUGAGUACCUCUUCUACAGCCAAGACAUCACACACCUAAACUUACGCCAUAAUUUUAUCCAAAUUGCAGGGUUGCACAACUUCAGCAGAUUUUCACAGCUGAAGAGUUUGAAUCUAUCUCACAAUCAUCUGGGCCAAUUUCCACAAUCCUUGUGUGAGAUCCUUUCAUUAACUGAGCUUAACCUUUCAUGCAAUGGGAUUAACCAGAUUCCUGUUCAAAUUGGAAAUCUACAAAGCUUGCAAACACUAUACUUGGAGGGGAAUCAUUUGAACUCAUUACCAGAAGAGCUGAGUCAAUUAUCUCAGCUCAUUUGUUUGAGUCUCUCCUUUAACGAUUUCACUGAGAUUCCUGCUAUUUUGGAAAGACUCACAAACAUGGAACGACUUUUCAUGGCUGGAAACCAUCUUGAAACUCUGCAUUUGGGAACUUUAUAUCCAAUGAACCAUCUCAAAUACAUUGACUUUAGAUUGAAUGGCUUGAGAGAAGUAGUGAGUGAAGGUCUUGAAGCUGUAAAAAAUAUCACAUCAAUCGACAUGCGGGACAAUUGCCUUACAGAACUGGAUUUAAGUUCUGUCUGUUGUCUUGAACAGCUAUACUGCCAGCGUAAUGGCCUGAAGGCUCUCAGUCUAAGUGGGUUUGCUUUGCGAGCCUUAUAUGCCAGCUGCAACUGCCUGGAAACAGUUAAUGUCUAUCCUGUUCCCAAUCUAUUAACUCACAUAGAUCUUUCAAGAAAUCUGCUUGAAUGUCUACCACACUGGAUAAGUGAUACCAGAAAACUAGAAGUGUUAGAUGCCAGUCACAAUCUUCUUGUAGAAUUAACUGCGAGACUUUUGAGCAGUCUGAGCUUAAGGAAACUUCAUGUAGGAUACAAUCAGCUCAGUACGUUACCUUAUUUGGUGGAUCACAUUCCUUUGGAAGUACUUGAUCUUCAACACAACAAACUAGUGGAACUCCCAGAAAACCUGUUUUACAAGGCCUUAAACUUAAGGUAUCUGAAUGUGUCAGCUAACUUGCUUGAGACGAUCCCCCCCUGCAGUCAGUCGGAUGAGAGUCUAAGUACUCUUCAAGAGCUCUACCUCACUAACAAUAAUCUAACAGCACAGUGUGCCACCCUGCUUGCUGGUCAUCAGAACCUUCGUGUGUUGCAUAUUGCAUAUAAUCAGCUGCUUUCUUUUCCUGCCAGUAAAUUGACAAAAUUAGAGCUUCUCGAAGAGCUGAAUCUAAGUGGGAAUAAAUUGAAGACAAUCCCAAGCACUGUGGCAAACUGCAAAAAACUACGCACAUUUCUUGCUCACUCCAACCAUGUUAGUGUUUUUCCAGAUGUACUGAGCCUACCUGAGAUUAAGUUGGUGGAUUUGAGCUGCAAUGAACUGACAGAGAUUGCCUUGCCUGAAUCACUUCCACCAUCACUCCAAGAACUGGAUUUGAGUGGUAACACGAAUCUUAUUUUAGAGCACAAAACCUUGAAUCUUUUCAGCCACAUUCCCACAUUAAAGCUGGACCAGAAGCCAACAAGUCUGACAGGUGACUCUAUGGGAUCCUCAACUCUUUGGAACCAUGGAUAUUCAGAAAUGUCUGGACAGAGGAAUAAGUUGUGUUUAUCAGUGUUAGCGAUGGACAAUUUUGGAGAUAAUGUGGAAGCAACAUACGCUAUCUUUGAUGGUGAUCGAAAUGAGGAGGUACCUCGUCUCCUGCAGUGCACCAUGGGGGAUGUGUUGCUGGAUGAAACACAACACUCAGCUGUUGAUAGCAUCUACAUGACCAAUACUUUUCUUAGUUCACACAGGAAACUUGGUAUGGCUGGGCAAAAGUUGGGAGCAUCUGCUGUGCUCUGCUAUAUACAUCAUGACCCUGCAGAUCCUGGGACCUACUUCAGCCUGUCAGUAGCAAAUGUUGGCACAUGUCAAGCAUUGUUGUGCCGUGGUGGGCAGCCUCUGCCGCUCUCUGUUGUAUUUAGCCUGGAACAAAGCCCAGAAGAAACCAGACGCAUGAAAGCCAAUAAGGCCAUCAUUACAGAGGACAACAAGGUGAGUGGAGUUACAUGCUGUACACGUCAACUGGGCUGCUCUUACCUUUUUCCAUGGGUCAUUCCUAAACCCUGGAUGAAGACAGUGCCUCUCUGUGCCCAAGAUGAAUUUCUAAUUCUUGGAAACCGUGCGUUAUUUGAAUGGAUUUCUUACCAAGAGGCUGUAUCAACGGUGCAGGCAAUGCAGGACCCAAGAGCUGCUGCCAAGAAGCUCUGUACUCUUGCUCAGAGUUAUGGUUGCCAAGACAAUGUGGGGACAGUGGUUGUGUCCCUUCAUAUCGGGGAAGACAGCUGCACAUGUGAACUGCCAUUGCCCACAGUGCCUGGAUGCACUGGAACAGUACCAGCUAUCUAUCCAAACUCUGUGCUGCUGGCAGACCCUGCUACCCCAUCUUCAAGUAGUGGUAUAGCUUCAGAAUUUAACAGUGAAAUGUCAGCCUCAGAAGUAGGCAGUGAGGCAGGCUCAACUGCUUCUGAUGAGCACUUGGCCUUAGGACUCACCUCAAGACCAGAGCGGAGAUGCAGCCUCCACCCGGCAGCUUUCAUUUGUGGUAUUGGAAGUAUGGGCAACAAUCUGGAGCUUUUUCAGAGACAACCUUCAUGUGCUACCUUUUCCAGCAACCAGUCUGACAAUGGACUAGAUAGUGAUGAUGAGACUCCCUUAGAUGGAGUCAUUUCUAAUGGCAGUAAGCUAGAAGUUGAAGUGGACAUUCAUUGCUGUGCUUUUCGGCUACGAGGGAGCAAAGAAGAAACUAGUGUAGAGGAGAGCACCUCCGAGGAACAAAAACAGGCAGCACAUAAGAAGCUAGAGGAAUCUGUGACUGUUAGUUCUACGAGGAUUGGAUGUAGGCUGCGACGACAAAGCAGUAUUGGAGUACCAACCAAUACCUGCCAUCUGUCAGUGUGCAAAGAAAUAUCUGAUCUUAAAAAAUCUCCAUCCACUUCCAGCCUUUUUGGAAAAAAACUCUCUAAUGGCUCAGUGGUUCCUCUUGAGGAGAGUCACAAUGCAAUCGAAGUAGCCUUGGAGGCCCCAAAGAAGAAAUCAGGCUACUUUGCUGCACCUGCUCAGCAGGAUCCAGAAGAUAACUUAGUGGUGCCUUCCAAUUUAGAGCAGGAAGUACAAGAUCAACUUAGGCUUUCCAAUCCAAAUUCCAUGCCAACACUUUCACAGCCGCCAUCUUCAUUAGAACAUUCAGAAUGGAAUGAAACCAAUUCUGGUAAUCAUCAACAACUUCAACUGGACCACAACUUCACGACUACACACCAGGAAGUGUAUGAUACUGCGUUGUAGCAAACAAAUGAGAUGUCAGCCCCCUGACGUUGACAUGACAGGAAAUAGCACUUGUGUCUAAAGGUAAAAUAUCAAAAGUGUAACAUGUCAUUUCUUUUUUAUUUAUAACUACACAAAUAUCAAUAGAAAAACUAAAAAAUGAGCAUAUAUCACGUAAAUGCCCUUUUUCUGUUUUUCUUUUAAGUUUUUGGUGCUGGCUAUGUAUUGUUUUAGUUAAAAUAGACUGUGGAAGGCAAUUCCUGAUUGUAGGCCUUAAUUUUUACAAAGGAAAUCUCAGAAAAUCAAACAACAGGAGAUAAAACUGAAAGUUUUCACAGACAUAACUGACAUUUCAUUUGUAAAUGGGUAUGUUUAAAAUUGUGUCAUAAUGAUACAAGCUCAUGGGACUUCAGAAGAGGACAGAGAUGACCUUGAAGACAUGCUGUUUACAGCCAUGCUGCAACAACUUCUUUCACAGGAGUAUUUUUUCUGGUGAUUGAGCCAGCUGACUACUUUUUGUCACUUUACCUACUGUAUCAGGGAGGAAGAAGGAACCUAUUUCUGGGAAAAAGUAAUGUAGAUUUAAAAGUAGGACGAUGGGAGAUGUAAAUGGAGCAAAAUGGAAAGUUAAACUGCUACUUGAAUCAAAUCGCUUCAAUCCCUUUACAUUUUCAGUUGGAGUAGUAAAGAGAAUACAGUGAUUGAAAUUAUUUUCAUUAAAAUGAACAGAACAAUAACUUAAAGUAACAUUUGUAAGUAAUAAUUUCUUGAAAGUCUUUGCAUUACCCUGGUACAUUUUGGAAAAUGUAUUUAUUGAUUAGUGUUCUACAAUGAAAAUACCAAUUGUUAAUCCAGGCAGUGCUAACUAGUACACCAAGGAAGGUUAUGCAUAUUUCUCGAUGACAUUAAAAUUUUACUGUUGGUAAGAAAUGCAUAAAAACAGUUUUGCAUUAAAUAAUUAUAUGAGUAAAUAGAUAUGUUAUGCUAAACUGGUGAAGAAGUACAGCUGAUUCUCAAAAGUAUUUUAAGUAUUAAGUAUUUUAGAAUUAUACUUUUGGGAUCUAAAGACACCAGGAUGGGAUGCAAGGUUAUAUCUUAAAUGACUAUGGUCACCCUAGGGUGGCCAUCUUUCACACUACAAUGCAUUCUGAAAUCAUAUUUAAACCCUUAUAAAAUCCCAAUAUGAGGAUUUCUUUUUGUACAUGACAGAAUCCCUGGGAAGAAAUUGACUUGGAAGGCACUCAGUGACAGUAUACACACUGUGAAACUGGCACAAAAAAAUCCAAAGUCAGUAAUGAUUUGCACUAUGUACUGUAUGUACAGUAUGUCUAUUUCUUUACUGUAUUCAUAUAGUACUGUACUUUGGGAUGGUGGAAAUUGGCAUUUAAUACAGUGCAUUUGUUUGUUUACCUUAAAUAAUAAUGACACCUUGUACAAAGAUACAGGUAAAUUCAUGUUGCUUUUCUAUACAUGUGUAAUCAAUUAUUUUUGCAAAAGUAAUGUAUUUCUUUAACACAGCAUCAAAAGAUAUAACAGUAUAUUAUUGCAUAAGCUUAUUGUAUACAAAAUUGCGUAAUGAAUUGUCAUAUUUCAGCAGAAUUCAGUAAUUUUAUCACUGUCAGUUAUAUACUGUGUUCAUGUGUAUGUGUGUGUGUGUAUGUGUUCAUGUUUUGUGGUAUCGUUGCGCACACACUCUUGCGUUAAUUCUUAAAAGAAUAAUGUGAGGCCCAUUCAGGAAGUAAGUACUGGAAGUGUGUUUUUUUUUUUUUUUUAAAAUGUGUUUCAUGUGAAGAUUUUAUGUAAGACCCCACAUUGACUCUAGUAGAUCUUGUCAGAAUUGAAAGCAACAUGCACUGCAAAUGCCUCAACUGCAUUCAGUUAAAGUCUUAGUUUGAAAUAAUAGGCAGUUUGGGAUAGUUUUAAGGGCUGUUUAAAAAAACAUGUGGCCUGCUUGUUUACCUGUCAGACUCUACACAUUUUGAAUUUAAACACCACAAAGUUGAUAGCUGUGCACUCUUCAUCAAAUUUGAAAUUCGAGUUAAAAAGUCUGCUUGUAAACCUAGAUUUGAUCCAAAGAUAAAAUGCAUCUUUUUAAUUUGCUUACUAAAGAAAAUUGCUCUCUUAAAUUCACAACCAUUAAUUAUUUCCAGAACACACCCCAUAAACAUCUAUUCAUAAAUGAAUGCCAGAAUUAAAAUGUAUGUAUGCAUAUAAAACAUUUCUGUAAUUCCAUGGAUGAAUUAUAUAUAUUACCACUUGCACUGAUUUGCACUGUAUAUGAUCAGUGACAGAGUAAUAACCAGAGAUUCAUGGAAUUCAUUUUUUUCUGCAAAUGUUAACUGAGUAAUCUGAGUGAGAAAAAAUGAUCUAGCAAUCAGCUACAUAAUUCUACAAGCAGGUAGAGCUUUGGUGAGAUCUAUGCAAGUUAUCACCUGUCCACUCUUUUGACACUACACAAAAUACAAAGGCUAUGAAAUAUAAGAAACAUAUAAACAGCUAUAAAUUAGGGCUCAGAUUAAAAGGAGCAGUUGCUAAGCCUUUCCUAUCCAAAACUAGCUUUGGCAACGAAAGAGUUUCAGCGUAAUGUAACUUUAUAUGAAUUCUUGGAAGUUGAUUCAUAAAUAAACCCCAUUUCAAAAAUGUCAAUCUUGCAGGUUUGUUUCAAUAGGGAGAAACACUAAACAAUUUUUAGAAAUGUUCAUCUUCAGCACAUGUCUGACUGUGUUGUUAUGGGAAUAUCUCAUUAGUAUAGUGACAGAUUUGUUUCAUUAGUAGAACAUGGAUAUUCUGUUGGUUUUAAAAGGUGGUUUUAGGUAUAGUAUCUUAAUUCCACUCUGCCAAACUGUAUUUUUUUAAUAACUUUUAUGGAGAACAUCUAUUUUACAUAGGUGUACAUAAAUCCUGGAAUUUCCGCUAAUUUGUUGUCAUGUUUAUUUAACUGUGGAAAGAACAUAUACUUUGACUUACUUACUUUGAAUUACCACUAAUACUGUGACACCAUGUUUUGUGGAGGCAUUUCCUUAUUAUUAAUAUUUUUCUUCUGUCUGCUAAUUGCAUGUUUUUAGGUGGUAGAGCGUGAGUUUUCUCUUUCAUAAGAAGUCUAUUCAGACAGACCCGCACAAAGAGAAUAACCUAGGUGUAAAAUCAAAUGCCUUUUACAAAAGCUAGAGCACACACUGUGAGAAGCGAUACUCGUUUGUUUCCCUAUGUCUUCUUUCAAGUCACUGGCAUGUAAUGUAGUAAGUGUUGUUGAGCAUUUUAAUAAGGCAGGUGUUGUCAGAGACAGGUACAGUAGCUUGUGAAAGGAGGUAAGG